UAUUUUGUAGUUUUGGGGUUCCAAGCAACAGAAAUCAAUGUAUAAAAGUGUAAUAAAAUUUAUAUAUUGUGAGUAUUUUUUUCGACAUUUGAUUGACAUAGAAAAGUGAAGAGUCUUUUAAGUUGAAUAUUGGUACUGUUAGGCACAAUUAAAUUCAAAACUCAUUAUUGCGAUUGCAUUGUGCUAUAUUUUCGAUAGAAAAAUGCUGGAUGUACUGGUAGGUCUGCUGCUACAGUCAAAGGUAUAGAGCUCCAAGUAAAUACCUUUAUACAUGUACUGGUUACGAAACCAUUGAUAUACAUGAGCAAAUGAUAUCCGAGUACAUGAAGUGAGAUAAACACACUUGCUGCCACUACCGUAAAUAUAACUGCCUGGUAUACUGCAACACUCCAAAUUACUAAAUACUCCGUGCAUGGUAUUCAAGAAAUUCAUUUUGCUAGGUUUACAACCAUAGAUUAUAUUUUACAGGUGAAACCCACAUAACUAUCUAAGGCCUUCAAGAGAACCUGUGAUUUCCCUGGUGUUCAGCAUUCAGAAGGUCCCAGCAUGAAGUCUGGAGCCAAGUGUAUAGGGCUAUGUCUAGUCAUAUAUAAUAUAAUAUGCUUUAUAUUAGGUGCAGUGAUUCUUGGAAUAGGAAUUUGGACAGCUGUCGAUCGUAUAUUCCUGUCUGAGAUCAUAGGGACAUAUUUGUAUUCAGCAGCCUCAUAUUUGUUGAUCACAGGAGGGGGCAUAAUUCUUAUUGUGUCAUUUGUAGGAGGCUUUGGAGCUUGUACCAAGAUGCGCUGCAUGCUUAUCACUUAUUUUGGACUUUUGGUUCUCAUUUUCCUGUGCCUGGUUUUGGCAGCCAUUUUAGCGGUGGUUUUCAGAGGAGAGAUUGAGAAUACAAUGAAGAUGACAAUGAGAGAUACAUUAAUAAACAAAUAUGGUGUGAAUGUUCAUGGCAACGAUGAAAAUUUUGCUGUCACCAAAGCGUGGGAUGAAACACAGUGGAGGUUUGAAUGUUGUGCUGUUGAUGACAGUAUGGACUGGGAUUACAGGGUGUACAGAACAUCAAACUGGUUCCAAGAAACUCAAUUACAACAAAGUCCAGAAAACCAGAAAUUUGUUCCAGAGACGUGUUGUAAGCGAAUCACAGUUGACCAGUCUGACCGGUACAAGAACCUUGAGGCUUGUCAACAACCCUUACUACCAAUUCCUCCUAAAGGGGACCCCAGCUUUGGAGACAACGACUCCUUCAAUAGCAAGGGUUGCUUUUCCACAGGCUACGAAUUGGUGAUGAGUCAGGCUGGAAUCAUACUUGGAAUGGGUUUUGCAUUCGCCUUAGCCCUUAUUUUAGGCAUGGUUAUCACAGUAUUGUUGUACCGCAGUCUCUCACAUGAGGAAACAGGUGGUGGCGGCGACGAGAGAGAUGACCAGUUGUGAAGCAAGUAAAGCAACAGUGGCUUUAUUACAGGUUUCACUUGCUGCGAGCAUGUGAUGAGCAUUCUCUAUCUGGAGCUGGGAUUUACCAUGACAGGCUAAUUAAUGGAAGUUACACAAGGCACCAGACCUGUGAAAUGUGGAGGGGCGGAAAAGUAUUAGCGUGUAGCACAUUAUUUAGAACUGUGCCGUAAUGCUUGUGAACAUACAUGUAGGAAAUAUAUUGCCUGAUUUCCAGACAAGCCCGGUAUGUGGGAAAGAUGUUUUUAUAUUAAUUAUAAUGAUAAUGGCAUGGGAUUGAAAGGACUAGUAAUUUUUUUGAAGAUGCGUGAAUGUGAUAGUUGAGUUUAAAGGUUACAGAUGUGUGUGCAUGGUGAAUGUCAGAAGUGAAUUUAAUAAGUAGCUCAAUUGAUCUGAUUUUAAACAUAUCGUAAAACGUGUCCUCAUUGGCCAAAUGUGGCCAAGACUGUCUGUGCAUGUAAUGUAUGCACACAGGCAUCCGGUGCGAAUUCAAAUGGUUAGAAGUCAUGUGAUUUCAUUAACAUGGAUUGAUGUUCUUUUGAUCCACUUCAGUCAACAAAAUUCACACCAGUAUGAUUUACCAAUCGAUAUACAUUCAAGAAUCUUGUAUCAGUACUGCCAUCUGAUAACACAAAAUUCCAUACAUACACGCUUGAAGGCAGUGUUUGGCUUUGAUCUAAGUUAAUUUGAUUCUGUAGCACAACAUUAUUUAGAACUGUGCCGUAAUGCUUGUGAACAUACAUGUAGGAAAUAUAUUGCCUGAUUUCCAGACAAGCCCCAGGUGUGGGAAAGAUGUUUUUUUAUGUUAAUUAUAAUGAUAAUUGCAUUGGAUUGAAAGGACUAGUAAUUUUUUGAAGAUGACAAGCGUGAAUGUGAUAGUAAAGUGUAAAGGUUACAAAUGUUUGUGUGGUGAAUGUCAGAAGUGAAUUUCCUAAGAAGCUCAAUUGAUCUGAUUUUAAACCUAUCGUAAAAUGUGCCCUCGUUGGCCCAGUGUGGCGCAAAACUGUCGGUGCAUGUAAUAUAUGCAAACAGGCAUCUGGUGCAAAUGCUGACAGCAGCAGUUCGACCUUACUAUGUCAGAUGGUUAGAAGUCAUGUGAUUUUGUUAACAGAUUGAUGUUCAUUUGAUUCAUUUCAGUCAGCAGUAUUCACACUAGUAUGAUUUACCAAUGGAUAUAUAUAAAAGAAACUUCUACCAUUACUGCCAUCUGAUAAAUUUUGUGGUUGCUUCAGUUUGGUACCAAUCAAGCUGUAGUGAAAUAUGGGUAGCUGGCUACCUCAGUCAUUAAUCAGACAUGUAUCACACAUUGUUCCCCUAAAAACUAAUCGUUUUUCUGGUUUAUGCAUAUUUUUGUUAUUUUUUUUUAUAUGCUUUUGGAUAUAGGUUAAUGAUUUUUAAUGUUCAUGUCAUAAAAUUGGGAGUGAUAAGCACAUGUGUAUCUAAUAGAAACUAUCUCUUUAUAUCUAGCUUUUUAAACCUUGUACGCAACUCCAAAAUGUUUAAGGUUUUUUUUUUCUUUUCAUCACAUGAAGUUUCACCUGGUGUACACGUUUACAUUUUUAUUGUGAAAAUUAUUUCUCAUCUAAGGACAGUUCUGUGCAUUUUGCUAUCUACUUUUAAUCUUGGUGCUCAAAGCGAAACGUGUCUUCUUCAGUGCGUUCGUCAACUGAACAUUUUUUAUAUACAAAGACUGUUCCACUGUAUAUGGCUGCUAUAUCCCAUACAAAUCGUUUUUAUUCAU